AUGAGGUGUUUCACGUUCCAGGAUUACCAGUUGGCUCCGACAUUGGAAGAGUAUUCUAUCAUUCUUAAUCUCAAGGUAAAAGACGAAGUGCCAUUCAUCGACGUUCCAAAGGAAGUGAAUUUCAAGUUGAUCGCUGCUGCUCUUUAUUUGAGCAUAAAAGAAGUAUCUGAUAAUUGGAAGUCGAAUGGAGGUGUCUCGGGGUUCUCCUUGAAGUUCUUGGUGAGAAAAGCUAAAGAGGAAUUUGAGAAAAAGAAUUGGAAUGCGUAUAAUGCAUUGCUCGCUGUGGCCAUUUAUGGGAUUGUGAUGUUCCCGAAUGUUCCCAAUUUUGUAGACUCGGCCGCGGUACACAUCUUCAUGGGAAGGAAUCCUAUUCCCACAUUGUUGGCCGAUACUUAUUAUGUCGUUCAUUCCCGAUAUGAGAAGAGUGGUGGUGCCAUCACUUGUUGCCUUCAGUUGUUGUUCAUCUGGUUUCUUUCUUUGUUUCCCAGCAAAGGACACUUCGUGAAGACAAUACAUACACUCAAGUGGACACACAGGAUUAUGUCACUUACUUCUUACGAUAUUCAGUGGCAAAGGUACCGAAUUAAUGUUUCCGAGGUGAUUGUUGGGUGUGGGGAGUUCGACAAUGUUCCCUUGAUUGGUACUAGAGGUUGCAUCAAUUACAAUCCCGUGUCAUCCUUGCGUCAAUUGGGGUAUACUUUAAAGGACAAACCGACGGAUCAUUUGGUAGCGGAGACGGUCUAUUUUGAGAAGGGGUCGGAUCCAGAAAAAUUGAAGAGGAUAAUUGUGGCUUGGAAGAAAAUCUGUAAGCAUUAUGGAGCCUGUCUAGGGAAGAAAGAAUCGCUUGCUCUGACACCGUAUGUUAAAUGGAUGGAAAGGCGGGUCGGAGACUUGUUGUUGCCAUAUGACAGGGUUGCACCACUUCAAAAGCAACCUCCUUUGAUUCUAUCUGAAUUUGUGCCAACAGAACUUUACAAGGAUGCUUUGGUUACCAACUACAGGUUGCACGAAAGGGAACAAGAGACCAACUUAAAUUCUUUGAAGAAAGAGAUGCAAAGUUUAUGUUAA